GACACUGACAGAUAAAUGGUAAACAAACGAUUAACGUGUCGAGUCUUGAUCCAGAGGGAUUCAGCGUCGUUAGUUUCCACAUCUUACGUUUUAGCAUAAAAAUUGCCGAAAAAUUUGUAAUUGUAUCAACACAUUUAUCUUAGACGAAGAACAAGGAUGUCGGACGAUAACCAACUAUUUGGCGAUCUAAUUUCUCUUGGACUUAACGAACGAAAGGCAGAGGAAACUUUAAAAAAUGUUGCUCUAUGUAAAACUAUCUCAAACGCUCUUUUGUUUGUACCAUGUGGGUACAAGUUUAACUAUGGCGAAGGUCAAUUAAUCUACCAGGUUUGCACAAAAAUAAAACAACAAUCAAUGAAUCAAUUAGAUUUCCUGGUUAGGAACAUUUUGGAAAGGAAGCUUGAUACCGUUGUUCGUGUAGAUUCGGCUCUCAAGUUUCUGUUGGCGAAUGGAACAAAUAAAGAAGUCGAUGUCGAGCUAUUCGAAAAGGCAUGCGGAGUCGGUGUUGUUGUCACACCUGAAGAGAUUGAUCGCACUGUAGAGUCCGCGAUUUUGCGCUACAAAGAAUCAAUAGAAGAACAAAGAUAUCGCUUCAAUGUGGGAAAACUACUUGCAGAGAUACGCGGUUGUUUACCAUGGGCAGAUGGAAAGGCAAUAAAAAAUGAAGUUGAUGUACAACUAUUUGAUUUGCUUGGGCCUAAAACAGAAGCCGAUAAAGCAACGCUUGUGAAGGCCGAUAAAAAAUCUGAAGCGAAAAAGAAUAAUGUUCGGAUGAGUAAAGUUGUUACGAACGGGACUGUGGAUGAAAAAAUGGAGUAUGAUGGAGCAAAAUCAAUUUCGGAACUAAUGAAAUCCGUUCAUUUUCACGCUCCAGGUGAAAACCAUAAAACAGAUGGCUAUGUCAUUACAGACCAUACAUCUAAUUUGUUGAAAGAACAUCUGAGUCGUACAGGAGGUCUAGUUAGAACGCGAUUCCCACCAGAACCAAAUGGUAUUUUACAUAUUGGUCACGCAAAAGCUAUUAAUAUCAAUUUUGGAUAUGCGAAGGCUAACAAUGGGGUUUGUCUGUUACGCUACGAUGACACUAACCCAGAAAAGGAAGAGGAAAAGUUUUUCAUUGGAAUCAAAGAAAUGGUUGAAUGGUUGGGAUAUCAACCGUACAAGAUAACGCAUUCAUCUGAUUACUUCCAACAGUUGUAUGAAUGGGCAGUUAUACUGAUAAAAAAAGGAUUUGCAUAUGUUUGUCAUCAGAAAGCAGACGCAAUGAAAGGUUUCAACCCUGAGCUAUCAAAAUGGCGAAACCGUGCGAUCGACGAGAGUUUGAAACUUUUCGAAGAUAUGAAAAACGGAAAGAUUGAUGAAGGCGCAGCCACAUUGCGUAUGAAAAUUACUCUUGAAGAAGGAAAGGUCGAUCCUGUAGCAUAUCGAAUCAAGUUUAUUGAGCAUCACAGAACUGGUAACAACUGGUGCAUUUAUCCCACUUAUGACUAUACCCACUGUCUGUGUGACAGUAUUGAAGACAUUACUCAUUCACUGUGCACGAAGGAAUUCCAGUCGCGUCGUUCCUCUUACUAUUGGCUUUGUAAUACGCUAGAUAUAUACUGUCCGGUUCAGUGGGAAUAUGGUCGACUAAACGUUAACUAUACAGUUGUGUCCAAGCGAAAAAUUGCCAAGCUGAUUACUAAGGGUAUCGUCAAGGACUGGGAUGACCCAAGACUUUUCACAUUAACCGCUUUGCGACGUAGAGGCUUUCCCACUGAAGCAAUCAAUAGUUUCUGUGCGCAAAUGGGUGUAACUGGUGCUCAGAGCUCGGUAGAUCCAUCUGCACUAGAAGCAAGCGUUCGUGAUGUGUUGAACAUUACUGCCCCACGCGCCUUAGUAGUUUUGGAACCGCUUAAAAUUACCAUAACAAAUUUUCCAUAUGAUGCACCAGUUGAACUCACCGUUCCAAACUUUCCAAGUAGUCCUGAAAAGGGAACUCACACUAUAUGGCUGGAUAGAAUUUUAUAUAUAGAACGCUCAGAUUUUAAAGAAAACCCAGAAAAAGGAUACCGCCGUUUGACGACUUGUCAAUCUGUUGGAUUGCGUUAUGCAGGCUUAGUUAUCAGUGUUUCAGACGUUUUGAAAAACUCUGACGGAUGUGUCACUGAACUCGUUUGCAAGUGUGACUAUAGUGAAACAACUGAUAAGCCGAAAGCUUUUGUACAAUGGGUUUCACAGCCAAAUGAAAUCGAGGUACGCUUGUACGAAAAACUAUUCAAACAUAAGAACCCCGAAGAUACCACUGAGGUACCUGGGGGAUAUCUAAGUGACUGCAAUCCAGAAUCGUUGAAAAUUAUUUCUGCCUACGGAGAUAUUUUCAUUAAAACCGCUCGAGUGUUUGACAAAUAUCAGUUUGAAAGAAUAGGGUACUUUUCGGUUGAUCCCGACAGCAGUGAUGGUCAUUUAGUUUUCAACCGUACUGUCGGACUGAAAGAAGAUGGCGGAAAGAACUAGAACUUACCAUUUUUGAUUUCACGAUUGGAAAAUCGAAAUUAAAUGUUCAUGUGUAACUAGCAUCAUUUUCCGAGAUUCCAGCUUUAGUUCCUCGAAGUCCUGUUCACAUCGUAUUCGGUUACAAGGUUUCAUUUUAAUGAAAAUAGAUAGAAUGUAAAGCAUGAACGAUAUCAGUAAACCAUUGUCCCUAAAAUACAAUUAAAAUUCGUUUCAAUCUUUCUAUCAGUGCGUUUAAACCUUUGUUAUUUUGAUACAGGAAAUAUCAAAGAUCCCAAAACAGGUAUUGAAAGUUUCAAAACAUUUGUGCGUUAAUAAUAAAAAAAUGAUUCGAUGUUUUCAAAUUUA